AUGGGGCAUCAACCCUCCACACACACACACCCUCGUGCCACCGAAAUCAUGACAGUCCUUGAAGGAAGUCUUGAAGUUGGAUUUGUUACAUCUAACCUUGAGAACCGUCUCAUCACAAAAAUUCUACAGAAGGGUGAUGUGUUUGUGUUUCCUGUUGGUCUUGUUCAUUACCAAAGAAAUGUGGGAAAUGGUAAUGUUGUUGCCAUUUCAGAUUUGAGCAGCCAAAACCCAGGUGUGAUUACCAUUGCAAAUGCAGUGUUUGGCUCUGCCCCAGAGAUCCACUCAUUUUUAAUUACCUUCAAUCGAAGUUCUAAGCAAUGGCAAAAUUAA